AUGUCUCUUCUAACUCGCCUAGCCAGCCUCCUGGGCCUGUCAUCCCCAGCCCCCGUUGCACACCCAGGCGCUGCCCUUGCAGCAACCGUCACCGUACCUGCAUCGUUGGGAUUUAUUCCGGUCGCGAUUCACUUUGAUCUCUUCAAUAUCCUCGUGAGCCAUGACGGACCUGCGACGGCUGAUGAAAUCUCGGCCACCUGCAAUGCUCUUGAACGCGUGGCCGAGGACUGCUUCACCGCAAACGCCAUCACAAACCACAUGGUUGCCAUGCCGUCUGCCCAGCAUGGCGCACUGCACUUCACCACGGAAGGGCUAAUGGCUGGCGCAUUCUUGAUGAAAAAGCUCCAGGACACCCGCUUUGCAUAUCCCUUCGCCGAUGCAGACGGCCCCUUGCAAUAUGCCUAUCGGCUAAUGGGUCAACCCGAGCUGGCGGAUCAGCAUACGUACUCGAUUAUGGAGACCCAGGGGCGCAUGGGUAGUUUCAACCAUUUCAUGGUCGGCAAUUUGGAACAUUCCCCCGAACGUGUCAGAUCGAUGGGUUAUAAUUUAGACGCUGCGUUGGCAGGUGACAAUACCACUGGCACUCGCACUGGCUCCGCUACUAUGGUUGAUAUCGGAGGCGGUCGUGGCGAACUCCUCCUUGAAGUCCAGGCUAUGUACCCGCAUCUCGGCGCGGAAGAUCUAAUUGUGCAGGAGUUCAAUGCUGAUAUUGACAGUGUACCUGGUGUACGGCUCAUGGAGUGGAAUUACAAGGAGCAGGAUGAGCAGCCCGUUCGUGGAGCCUGUGUUUACGCGCUGCAGCAUAUCUUACAUAACUUGCCUGAUUUGGAUGCUGUGGCGUUGUUACAGAAGAUUUCGCGUGCUAUGGCGCCUGGUUCGCGUGUGUUGAUUAUAGAAUACGCCAAGAAUCUGACUUAUACGUCGCUUCAUGCGAGUAUGAUUGCAUUGUUUGGGGGCCGAGAGAGGAGUUCGGUGGAGUGGAGGCAGAUGGCGGGUCUGUGUGGGCUGCAAGUGACAUUUGAAGUUUAUGUUAGGGCUGGCGAGUCAUUGGUGGAGAUGAGGAGAAAAUAG